GUUCAGGCUUCAGCCUUCCACUUUCCAGCCUUCAGGUGCUUCAGCCUCAGGUGCUUCAUGCGCGGACAGGCGCUUCGUUCUUGCGUUCAAGGAGCCCUUUCGAGUUCGAAAAUCCGGCUUCACUCCUAGGGGUUAGAAGGAGGUUGGGUCUGAGGAACUCUGAGCAAUGCCUCUGGGGAUCUGCCAGCAUUUAGCUAGGGAAGUGAUGAAAAGGGGCAGGCGUGGAUUAUAUGCUGGGGAAAGAAUACGCUUUGGGGAUCAGAUUAGUGAAGAUGGAGGAAACAGGACAAAGCGGACAUGGAAGCCCAAUGUGCAAUGGAAGCGCGUGUUCAGUUUAGCUUUGGAUGAAAUGGUCAGAAUACGUAUGACUACACAAGCGCUGCACCAAAUUGAUGCUGCCGGCGGCAUUGAUGAGUAUCUGCUGAAUACCCCACAAGAGAAGUUGAAUUCAGAUGUAGGAAUGAAGCUCCGGGGCCGCAUUGUGGAGGCACUUGCAAUCAGGAAGAAAGAAAGGCUCGCACAAGUAUCUCAAUAAGAGCAUAGUUAGGAAGUUGUGAAACCCCCAGUUUGUACAUAUCAACAAUCAAAAGCACCUGUUUGGAGCGAAUCUUGGAUACUGGGGAGACAUACACAGCAAGAGCAGUCGCGUCGCGUGACCAGCAGGAAUGUACAGAUUCUUGUACCUACAAAAGUAGGUAGUAUUCCAAUAUCUCUUCUGUCAGUGAGAUAUGACGAUCGAGACAUUGGGCUUCGUUUCUGAGCCAAUGUCAGAAUUGAAAGGAACGAUCGCACACUAAGUACCAUAGGCCUCCACUUUUUAUGUUGGUUUUUGAAUAGAUGUACAGAUAGGGUCUAAGAUGAGUGAUUACGAUUGUUGAUCUGUUCACAGUGGUCAUGUUCUACUUCAUAUACGUACUGGUUUGCUUCAAAGACAAUUCCAUAAUGGUUUCGAUGUUCAGCCUCUG